CUUAUCGGCCGGGGGGAACCAAUUGCGCUUCAAUUCGGAGAUUGCCAGAACCGAUAGGUCCGCUAUGAAAAAUUCUUGUCAAGCACCAACAACUUCCUCAUGCUCGUUACAGCAAGUAAACGAGCAACACCAGCAGCAUCCUCCAAACCAUACCUUGGAGAAGACGUUUGACCUGUUGGCUCAAUCAGCUAUCGAGAGCAGCCACGUACAGGAGCAUCCAUCGAUGGAGUCGAGCAAUUUUACACAGAACGGUGGCGAUUCUGACCAAACGUUACAUACUUUUCCAAUAGCCAUAGUUCCAGAUGCAAGCGGUGGAUCACCGUUGAAAGCUAGCGCAAGUGCAAAUGCCUCGACCCCUUCACUCACCGAAGAAGCAAACUGUUCGUCAGUCUUUUCUUUCGUAGCUACAUCUGGCACAAUAAUAUCAGAUUUCAAUCGACGUUCAAGAGUCCCUGGUGGAGCUGCUGCGAAACUGAUGUUUGUCGGCCCGCAAGGAACGUUUUCGCAAGGCGAUGAUGAAGAGACACCGCUCAUAAUGUCACCGCCGUCAAAGGAAAGCAUAGCGAUAAAUGAAACCAAAAAGAACGAUCAAAUUCUUCACACCAUCAUGGAACAGACCAAGGCAGAAUUUAUAACCGGUAGCCCCUUCAAUAGACGAUACAAACAUACGCCAACUACAGAAGCGUCAAGCAAUGCAAAUGACAAUGUCCUCACGAAUGCCGAAGUGGUCUCUGAAAGUUUUUCCAAGCUAUCCCACCUGGAGCAUAUAUCUAUUGCAGCAUCCUCUCUGCCUACCUAUGAGCAUCCGUUCGCAAUAGAAAAACCACUUGGGAGCAUGGAGACGCCGAAUAAGACGUUAUACGAUUUGCUCGCCACGAUAUGCUCGCCACCUGAUGGGGCGGAUCCUGACAUCGGAUACACAGUUCGCCGAAAAAAUAGUUGCGGUGCUCUUCAGGUCCUUACAGCUGAUCCGAGGAAGCGGAUCCACUUAUGUAGGACACUUGGUGUUCUAACGGCUCUCACUUCUGUCCUAAUGGAUUCUCGGGAAUGCGGUCUUGGCGACAAUCUUGACAACCGGCACCAUAAUGAACUUAAAUCAGCCUGCAAUCGUGCUGUCUCCUGUUUACUGAAUCUCUCAAAGCCCAAGGACAAUCGUAUAUGCAUUUUUCGUUCACCUUUUCUUGUCCAAGCCUUGAUCGCUGUCAUUGCUGAAGAUAAAGGAGUUGCUCGCUGCGGAUGCUGUGCUGUACUGGCAUUCGUGACUAAAUCUGUCGAGAAUCGAAUACAACUGACCAGAUUCCCAGACAUGUUGCCUGCACUCGUCCAAGCGCUCAUACCUGAACUACCCCAGUUUAAGAAUUCUAAUCCUAUGAAGCCAUUCGAGGGCGUGUUUCCUUUGUCAUCUGAUGAAGCGGCAGAGUGGAAAAAGAGCAUGGAAUCCAUUGUCUCAACCCCGCUAUCUUCAUCUCCUUCCCUGAUAUCUUCUCAUCACGCAUCGCAAAACGAUAGCACUGAUCUGACGCACUGUGACAUGGUGAGUCAAACCUCUGCUAGAUUGAAACACUACAGCAAUGUCACCAAUCCAGUAGUCCAAGCAACGAGGCAGCACGUUUUCGCUACCUUGAGCAAUCUUGUCAAGCAGAAAGAGAAUGUGUUGCAUCUGACUUGCAAUAUAUCAGGGCUGUCCUUUCCACUCCGUGGCCAUCCGUCUGCUGGCCAAUUUAACUCGACAUAA